AACAAACAUACAAAAAUACAAAAGAAAAAGAAAGUAAACUUUUUCCCAAAAAUUCAAACUCAAAGGAAAGUUAGUACAAGCAAACACAAAAACCAUUAAGGAAGAAUAGAGAAGAACAAGCAAGAAAUCAAUUUCUCAGAAAAAGAGCAAAAACAAGAAUAUAAUAUAGCUAACAGCAAAACGGCGGGCGCAGUCAGUUGGAGAAGAAGAAGCAUAUUAAAUCAUCAUCAGUCACAAAAACAAUAACAACAGCAAGAGCAUACCCAUAAGAGUGCAACCAAAUCAUCAUCAGAAGCGUCGCUUUCAUAGCGUCAACGCAACUCACACACACACACAGACGCACACACAUACAUCCAUACACCAGCCAGCCACCAAAAUGGACGAGACACAACAUUUCUGUUUACGCUGGAACAAUUACCAAAGCAGCAUAACAUCGGCAUUUGAGAAUCUGCGCGACGAUGAGGAUUUUGUCGAUGUGACAUUGGCGUGUGAAGGGCGCAGCAUCAAAGCGCAUCGCGUCGUCUUGUCAGCGUGCAGUCCAUAUUUUCGAGAUUUACUAAAGAGCACACCUUGCAAACAUCCAGUGAUCCUCCUGCAGGACGUCAAUUUUCUCGAUUUACACUCGCUGGUGGAAUUUAUCUAUCAUGGCGAGGUAAAUGUUCAUCAAAAAUCUUUGCAGUCCUUCCUUAAAACGGCAGAGGUACUUCGAGUUUCCGGACUCACACAACAACAGGCCGAGGAAACACAUAGUCAAUUAGCUCAAAUACAAAAUCUGGCGAAUGCUGCCAAUGCCACACGUACACCACUCAAUUCGCUCCACAGUUCGCUGUUGGAUGAGCCGCCACUAUAUCCACGCAACAGCGGCUCACCACCACCACCGGCUCCACCCCAACAAAUCCCCUAUGCAUCCACACACAUCAACAGUCAGCUGUUCAAACGCAGCAUGGCUAUGCUCAGACGGGAGCGCAACAACAGCACACCAUCGGCGGAGGACUCGAAUAAUGCCAUGAAACGUAUACGUGGACCUGAUAACGGUUUGCCGUCGAGCAAUAAUAACAGCCCCGAAAUUAUACAUACACGUAGCGCAUCACCGCAAUUGACACCGGCCGAUUUCUCAACCAUCAAACAUAAUAACAACAAUACACCGCCAAUGAAGGAAGAGAAACGCAAUGGACCCACUGGCAAUAACGGUAAUACUGGCAAUGGCAAUAGCGAAACUGGUAAUGGUAACGGGAUCGCUAAUAGUGACAAAGUGGGCAGUGCUAGCCUAACCCCUUCUCCACUAGCUCGCACUGUUGACGAUGUGAAAUCGGAACCCAUGGAACUGGUCUGCUCGAAUAACAAUCCAACAGUGGUCGAUGAGCAUAGCAAUGAUUCGACUGGUGAGCAUGAGGCGAAUCGGUCUAGUAGCGGCGAUGGCGGCAAAGGUUCAUUGAGCUCGGGAAACGAUGAGGAAAAUGAUAACAAUAUGCCACCACAUCCUCCACCGCCAUAUCUGAUGUCACCGGCAGAGAGCAAACUUUUUUCACCGGCCACAUUCAAUUUUCCCAUGGGCGGUCUGGAUCCUGCAGCGUUAGCUGGUUUUAACUCACAACUGCAGUCUGCCGCCGAAAUAUCAGUUUCUCCACAAGGUGGAAGCACCAACCUGCUUGGCGGCGUUGUAAUACCCGGUGGCAGUCCUAAUACCAGUAGUAGUAGCCAAAACCAAAAACUUCAACACGAACUUCACCACCAUUCCACCACCACCACUACCAGUACCACCACAGGGACAUCAACCUCAAUCACCACUCACCCGUACCAUCAACACCACCAUCAUCACCAUCAGCAUCAGCAACAGCAACAUCAUCAACACCUUCACCACCAUCACCAGCAGCAACAUCAGGAGACAUCUUCACCGCACCAUCAGCAACAACAACAACAAUUGCUUUCUCAGCAUUUACGCAAUGAACGCGAUUCGGAUCGUUUGAACGCCGAUUGCAGUCCACACUCGCCUAUCCACCGCCUGCCGAAGCGUCCAGCCAGCGAGCAGCCUCAUCACACGCAAUCCCACCAUUCAACGGCAUCUUCGCCGUCAGAUGUGAUUGCCUCGACACCGCCGCCACUACCACCACCGCAACACAUGAAACCACCUUCACCCCACCACACGCACCAACAUCCGCACUUCGGCCACCAGCAGUUGCCGCUCUCCAUGCUACCGUCACAUCAUUUACAUGCCCACCACGAGCUUAGUGCGUCCUCGCACCACCACCAUCAUUUGUCACGCACCGGCUCGCCGCUUGAUCACCGCCAUCUAUUACACCACCGACGCUCUUCACUGUCGCCGUCGCCUACCGGUCGAGGCUCUGGUGGCUCCGCAGCAGGCAUUCUUGCAUCGACGCGCGGUGGCGACAUGGUAGGAGGCAGCAGUCGUCUGCUGUUGCCGCUACCCUUGAAUGCUUGUCACCGCUGCGACGUUUGCGGCAAAUUGCUCAGCACUAAAUUGACGCUGAAACGCCACAAGGAACAACAACAUUUACAGCCAUUAAACAAUGCGGUCUGCAAUUUGUGCCACAAAGUCUUUCGCACACUCAACAGCCUCAACAACCACAAGAGCAUCUAUCACCGGCGUCAAAAGAAUCAUCAUUCGUAUUUUCAUCACGGCGCUGUAGGCGGCGCCGGUGUGAGUAGUCCCAGUAGCCGUUUGCAUCAGUCUUUGAGUUCUUUAAGCGCUGCAGCAGUGGCCAACAAUAGCGUCGGCGCAGGUGGCAAUGGUAAUGCCGUAGCAGCAGCUGCUGCUGCCGCCGCUGCAGCAGCCGAGUUAUUACUCUCACCGAUUGUAGGUGCGGCAGCUGUCGCGGGAGGUGGGGGUGGUGCAGGACCCACGGUCCAACUCUCUCAUGGCGGCCAACAACAGUCCUCACCCAAUAUGGUGAAACCGUGUAUGGACUUCUUAUAAGAUCAACAUCACCUGCUGCAGCAGCUCUUUCAUGUUGCUCUAAACGCACCACAACCCCCACCACCACCCUCGCUGACGGCCAGUAUGAGUCCGUUGUCCGCAAUGGCCCAAAGCGGUAUGCCGGUUACGUCCAUGGUGGACUUGCCGUACGGCCAUCAAAUUCCGCCUACUGUAGACUUAACUCAAAUGGAUCAUUAUGGCGGCGUAGGUGGUGUCGGCAACAACGGCAGUGGCGGUGGCUCGCGUAACGGAGACCAUUUUGAACGCAUUAAUUUGAUGGAACACUAAGCAGCACAAGAUAGUAAAAUAUAAAUAAAAAAAGCUUAGUGACUAAAACUAAAAUGAAAAUUAAAAACCCCAGCUGAUCGUACUGAUCAAUUGACCACAGCAUAGAAAGGAAAAUAAUAAAAAAUACAAGAUUAAGUGACCAAAAUAUAAAAACAAGGAGCUGAAGCUCCUCUUAAAAAAAAGAGCAAGAAAUUUCAACACAAACCGAGAGACCGACCGACCCUCCCACAGUGAAAUGAGCUUUUAAAGCAAAAAAAGAAAACUAAGAAAUCUCAAAUAUAUUAAAAGAAUAAAGGGAAACGUAAAAAACGUAUGAGAAACUAUGGCAAAAAGCUAAAGAAAAUUUAAAAACAAAAAAAAAACUAAAUAUUGAAUUGAAAAACGCAAGAAUGCAAAACUGUGAUUUUUACAUCUCUUUUUUGAGUUUUACGAACAAAAUAUUAUUUUCGAUGUGUAACAUCACUGACUUUUUUAUUAUACCGUUAGUGGUAGUGUGAGUUGUGUUUUGUAAAAUUUGAGUCUAAUCUAAAAUUAGAGUUGAUUGGUCCGAGAGACUGCCUUUAGUUCUACUGAAUGUCUGAUAUGGGUUUGAAAAACUAAAAUUUUAUGACAUUAAGAGACUCCUAACUUAAAGUUGACACUCAAAUAUUUUUUUUUUUUUGUGAAAUUAAAUGGAAGGGUUUUAAGCAAAGAUUGAAGACUGUUAGAGAAAUUUAGUUAUAUUUAGUUUUUUCCUUUUUUAUUUUAAUUUUUUGCCAUAAUUUUAUUUCAAAGAGAAAAUAUAUUAGAUUUAAAUCAAGGAACUCCAUCAUCGAGUUUAGCCAACUCUAAUUUCUUUAAUUUUGUUUAGAAAAAAAUACAACAACUAGCAACACAUAAAACCUUAUGCAUACAAUACAUAAUACAUAUGUAUAUAUAAACACACAAACAUUUAAA